CAACCUUCUUCCUCCGCACUGAUGAAUGAAGGGAUGGCAAAGACCGUCAUGAACAGGUUCGAGCCGGGUAGGGUUCUAAUUUACAUUGAGUUGGCAAACGAGUUUGCCGUGUUUGAUCGGUGGUUCACGUCAGUUCUUGCGUUAACUCAACCGAACCUGUUCUACGCCUACUCAACCAUGUCGUUUGGAGCCAUGAGCAACAUGAGGAAAGACCUCAUCCAUGGAUUUCCCCAAAAAAUUAUCUUUGAUUCCCUUGAAGAAAACAAAGAUCUGGGAAUAGAGGAGAAAAUGGAGAGGAGCACGCCGAUGAGGAAGCCGCACAGAUCAACUGUAGGUCUGCUUACUUGGUCAGAGACUCAUCCCCCUGAUUCCCCUGCCCCUGGCUCCGUCGCUUCUCGCUCCGUCUGGUCUUGUCAGGGGUGGCUUGGGUUCAACACAACCCAGGCGUUGCCUGGGUUCGACGCAACCCAGGCGUCGCCUGGGUUCGACGCAACUCGGCACGCCUGGGUUCCACCGAACCCAGCAUGCCCGGAAGGUAAGGCAGCCGUUGGGUUUUUGCAGGUGGAUGAAGAUGAGGAAGGCAUAGGUGCUGGGUUCGAUUUUGAACCCAGCAAGCAAUCGAAGGCAUAGGUGCUCUUGGGUUCUUCAACGAACCCUUUGCUUGGGUUCGAGAAGGAACCCAGGUGCUGGGUUUCUUCUCGAACCCUGGUGCCUGGGUUCCUUCUCGAACCCAAGCGCUGGGUUCCUUCGAAUCCAAGGGCAAAAAAAUUUCUGUUCUUUGUUUUUUUUUUUUGUGGGUUUGGUUGUUUGAUUAAGAUGAAGAAGGCAAGGUAAGGAAGAGGAAGGAAAAAGAAAGGGCACCUGUUGGG